AUGGCCUUUCGUUCCUCCUUUGUGGAGCAUGAUGCCCUUUCCAGUUGGCUUGAGGCUAUUCUUAGCGCCAAACAUGCAAACCAUCUUCGCUUACAAGCUCCAGUCCCAGAGGUCAACCCGCGAACGACGAGCCGGCCCAUGCCUCCUCCUGGACCCUGCAGUAAAGGAGAAGAGAGGCUCGAUGUCGUGGUCAUGGCGGAAGCAAGUGGAGCUGCUGGGAACGAAAGCUCUGGUGUGGAAACAAGUUCAAGCGAGGAAGAAGAUUUGCCGGAAUCAGCUCAUGGCUCGCGUAAAGAGGAGGAAGAACUUCCCCGCGAAUGCAAUCCAAUGGCUGAAGAUUAUUACGACGUAAACACGUGUGACGAUGCACUGAAGCAUCAUCCUGACAAAAAUAUGAAAGAUCGUGAAGCAGCCGAAAUCAGAUUCAAGAGGAUAGCUGAAGCAUUUGAGAUUCUUGGAAACUCGACGUCUCGGGAAGGAUACGACAUGAGAGGCCCAGCUACCGAGGUGAAGGUUCAGCGAACUCCAGAGGAAGUAUGGAAGGACAUGUUUGGGGAAGACGAUCUGGACACGAUUUUCUCAGAAUGGGAUCCAGUCUGGGGUCGAAAGAUGAGUCGCUACAAGCAGAAAUGGAGGGGGGAUAUACAGCAGUUGCGACCGAACAGGUUUGGCAUGGGAUGGCAGGUCGCAGCAACCAGGAACCCGAGAUUCGGAGGGAGGGCACGAACGGCACAGUUCCAUGCUCCCUUGGACCAAGGAAAACAAAUGACAACACGCCGCGUUGGAGGCGGUCUUGAAAGAGUCGAGACAGAAAAUCUUGUUGAGAAUGGAAGGGAGGUUCGUGUCGUGAAAACAACCUUCAUCGCCAUCAAUGGAGCGUCCGAGACCUCCGUGCAGCGUUUCGUCCGCUCAAACAACGGAAACUUCCAAGAGGAGGCAUCAGAGUCGGGAGCAGCAAGGGGCAGAUGA